UGGAAGGCCGCAGAGGAAACAAGCGCCAGUAGCAAAUGGAAGGCCACAGAGGAAACAAGCGCCAGUAGCAAAUGGAAGGCCACAGAGGAAACAAGCGCCAGUAGCAACUGGAGAGUCGCAGAAGAAACGAGGAAGGGCACAGAACAAACAAGCGCCAGAAGCAAAUGUAAGGCCACAGAAGAAACAAACGCCAGUUGCAAAUGGAAGGCCACAGGUGCAACAAACAGCAGUAGCAAAUGGAAGGGCACAGGUUCAACAAACAGCAGUAGCAAAUGGAAGGCCCGAGAUGAACAAUGCACAGGAUGCAGGUUGGACCUUGAAGAUGAACCAUGCACAGCUUGCAUGUUGGACCUUGAAGAUGAACCAAGUGCUGGAAGCAAAUGGAAAGCCCAUGAUGAAGCAAGUACCAGCAACAGAAGUGAUGGAGGCACCAAAACAGGAAGAGGUGCCGAUUCAGAUGGUCAAUCCGCAAGUGGCAACUAAGAAGGCACCGCUGAGCGCAAUCAUCAACCUGGACGACGAAGAUGACGAGGAGGGCGGCGACUGGAGCGCGCCGUGCGUCAUCCUGAAGACCGACACAGUUGUUCCCCUCCACUCGUUGUUACUGGAAGUAAACCCAGCUGAGAGCCUGAGACUGUCCCUGUGUGUGUAUGUUGCAGGCGUGGCGGGCGAGCUGAUGUGGGAGGAAGCGAUGUGCGAGGACGCGAUGGAGAUCCUGCAGAGGGCGAGGAAGAGGCGGCGGAGGGAGGAAAACAAGGCCAUCGUGCUCGUCCAAGAGUAG